AAUAAACUAGUCUUGUAAUAGUACCGCACGCCUGACAGUAUACUCAGCAAGAAACGGUGUAUUAUUUGUUCAGCUGACCCCUUUCCCCUUACAUUAAAUCAAGACAAUUCGAACAAUGCUAAAAAGUAAAAUUGCUCUCUACAUUUUUCAAUCAGACAAUUCCAGGAAAUUGAAGCGAACUGUGUUACGCGGCGCUUUUGUCAGACAUGCGAAGACGGCAAAACGCGGAUACUACUCGAAACUGGAUGGCGGCGUGCUAGCGAGUCCGUGCGAGAGCCUGAACUCGGCCGUGUUGCCCUGCUGAGUAGAGCAGAAUAAUAGUGCAGUGUGGAGGUCUGUGCCACAGUGAUUUUGUGUGAUUGCUGAAAUAGUGUUGUGUGAACAUUGUAACAUCUGAAAUUGAGUCUGAGGCGAGGAUAAUGUGUGAUGUGCCAUGUAUUACGUACAUGGCACUUUAUAUUUUGUCGUUUCACAUACUACAUAGCAACUCCAAAACGUCAACAUUAUGGAAGUUAAACAUCGAAGAAGGCAAAAUUGUAGAAGCGAGUCAGUUUCCUCGAAUUGUCGCUUUGCCUCAUGAUACGUAUCGUACAGAUACCGAUCAAAUAUUUCACAUCAUCACAUCCACAGUACAUCAUGGUCAGUCUUGGACCAAAGCAGGCAUGGAAUAUUAUUGCACCGACUGUGAUUCGCUUGACUUCAGAGUUGAUGACAAGGGCAACUGUUCCUAAUGAUCAUGAAGAACAUUUGGAUUGUGGGAAACCAGUUAAUUUCACUUAUUAUGAUAAUUUAGUUGGAGUUGCUAAUAGGCACAACCACCCUCAUGUGCCUGAACCACAAGUGGCAAUGAUAUUUAAGAAGAAGAACUCAAAAAAUACGGAAUUAGAUGUAAAUAUGCUUGAAAAGAAAUUGAAGAAAGCCAAAAGAGAGGUACUAUUGAAUCUCGCACGUGUUCUGUUCAAUCUACAGUAUUUAGAUGAUGCCAUCUAUUUAACAAGGAGGUCAUUAGAAGUGCAGCCACCAGAUAAAAAUGCCUGGCAACAAUACUUCACUCUUGGAGAAAUAUUUAAGGCAUACGGCCACUAUCAAGAGGCCUCCUUACAUCUACGACAUGCUCUGGAACUUAAACCAGAGUUUGAGCCUGCUUUGGCUGCACUUAAAGAUAUGGAAUCUAUUCCUGAUUCUACUAUACACAUUUAUACUCUUCUUAUAAUAAUUUGCCUGGCCCUUGGUGUACUGUUAGUUAUAUUGUCUUCUGUUGACAACAAUCUUGAGUCAGAAUUCACAGAAAUGAAGGCACAACGUCACUUCAAUAGAGCUAUGGCUAUGCGAAGUCUGAAGAUGGGAAUAUCAGCCAGAACUCUGAGAGCAAAACGUUAUGGAGGAUCCAGUGGGAGUUGUGGUUAAGCCACAAUUUCAUAUUAACUUUUUUUAAUCUAUCGACAGCAUAUAAAGUAUGUUUCCAUUGUCUCAGUGUGUGUACUGACAUCUUUGCAAAUUCACAAGCAAUAUAUUUACAUCAAAAGGAUUAUUUUCUAAAACAAACUCUCCAGUAGAUUUCUUUCCAUUUUCCAUCUAUAAGGCCCUCCAGCAUGUGAAUCACUACCCUGUUUUGAAGUCAACUGUGAAUUUUAGGAAAUUAAGUGUAAUAUUUAGUGGUAGAUACAAUCGUCUGAAAUAAAUGAAUAGAUGAGCAUGAGCCCACAUAAUGCUUUUUGGAAACAUAUUAUUGUAGGGCAAUUGCUUACAAUAACCAGUCCUUUGAGAUGAAAAAGAAAGCAUGCUUUUCAUCUGUAUUUGCAGUGGUAGCUUUAAAAUGACACUGCACUGGAAUUUCCUUAACCGUCUUGAAUAGAAGACAUUUAAAAAGCUAUGUCCAACAGUUUUGUGAAGGCUCCUCUAAAAAAGCUUGAGGAUAUAAUAUUUGAAAUGUUGAGCAAGCAAAACUUUUGUAUUCAUUUUCUUCAGAAGAUAUGUUUCAAUCCUGGUUUGAUGUGAAAAAAAUUACAGAGAUUUUGAGUGAGACUAGUCAAAAACCUUAACAAUUCCUGCACUGCCAUGAAAAAGGAGUUAAAUGAUAUUGUCACUGUUAUCUAAUUGUACCCAUGCAAAUUUUGUUGGUUUUUGUUUUUAAUUUUUUUCAGAUAGUUUCCUAGAAUAAAAUAUUAAAUUGGAAAAAUUGUACCCUCGUUAUGAUUUUAAUUUCGAAAUUCUUUUAUUUCAUAUUAUUUGCUUAUUGUUAUACUUAUUAAUUGUCAUUUCCAUUGUCAGUAUGACUUGGUAUUAAUAAAAAGCGGUAACGUACUUAACUGGAAAUAAUUUCAUUGUUUGCACUAAAGUCUUAUUUAGAUUUUAAUUUUGUUGGAGAAAUUCUUAUUAUUAAUUAUAAAUUCAUAAAAAGGGUACAAUUUUCAAAUUUAGUUUAAAAGUAAUCGGUUAUUGAGAAGAUUUGAGUUUUUUUAGAUUGAUUCAUUUGUCUUUAAUACAAGCGAAUGUGCCCUGACUGCCAGACAUCACAAACUGACUUUGUAAAAUGAUAUUUUAAUAUAAGUGGAUUGUGUUACCCUGAAAAAUACUUGAUAUUUUUACACUGAGUUUGUCUCUAUAUUAUAUUGUGUGAUUGAUAUUUGUAAUAAUGAUUUAUCAGACAUUGGUUAAAUCUAAGUCUUAGUCAUAAUAUGAUGUACUUGUUAAGUUAUUCUGUACUAAUGUAUCUGUGACAAAUUUAGAAACAUCAGUUUGUUGUCAUUUGAAAGAUCAAACUUUACGACACAAUUUUAAAUUAUGUUUGUGUGAUGUUUUUUGCACAAUGAUAUAAAACCUGUGUCUGCCUUUAUUAAUUUAUUAUCAUUAUUUAUUAUUAUGACAUUUUGAUACAACUUCAAAAAUUUCACUCACAAAGUUCACAUUUAAUGAUAGGAACUAUUUUGCCAUAUAAGGAGAAGAGAAGAAAUUGGGUUAUUUAAUUUUUUUACUGUUUUCUUGUGAAUUGAUCUGUUUAGUAAUAGCAAACGAACUACACAAG